CCUGGACACUUUUUUUGAAGCUGUGGCCGUGGACACUGCUGGACGCUGAGAAGAAGUCUGCCUGCGUGGACACAACCUGCACCCGAGAGCCGUGGCUGGAUAUGCCACAGGUGGACCGGCGGGAAGCGGCAUGCUGCAGCCCGGCGCGAUGAGCAGGAACCCCCAGGUUGUGAAGAUGUGGCGCUGGAUUUUCACUGUGACUGUCCUGCUGUCGUCUAUAAAACAAGCUAAAGCUCAGGGCAGGUGUAAUAAUGUGCAAGCAGCAGACAUCGUUUUUCUGGUGGACGGGUCUUCCAGUAUCGGUCGAGCCAACUUCCUGCAGGUGAAGGGCUUCAUGGCUGGAAUAGUGAAGCCUUUUGCCAGCUCGGUCAGCGAGUCGGGGAUUCGGUUUGGCGCCAUACAGUACAGCGACACCUCCAGAGUUGAGUUUACCUUCACUACUUACCUGAAUGGCACUGAGCUCGUCAACGCUGUGCAGAAUCUAAACUACAAAGGUGGAAACACACGCACUGGUGCUGGUCUCAAGUUUGUGGCCGAUAACUUCUUCAACCCGUCGUCCAGUCGGGAUGUGCCGAAGAUCACCAUCCUGAUCACAGACGGCAGGUCACAGGACAGCGUGCAGGAGCCAGCACAGAAGCUCCGCAGUCAGGGAGUGCAUGUGUUUGCAGUUGGCAUAAAGAGUGCAGACAGGAAUGAAUUAGCUCAGAUUUCCUCUCAGCCCAGCAGCGACUUCACGUCUUUUGUUGGGGACUUCAAAUUGCUGAACACACUCCUUCCACUCGUCAGUCCUCGAGUUUGUUCCAAAGCAGGAGGAGUCUAUGCCAGCGAUGAGGCCUUUUCGGGCCCGUCUAACAUCGCCUUCACAGGCCAGACGUCCGAUUCCCUCAGGUUUCGUUGGAAUGCUGCAGGCGGGCCGGUGAGUGGUUACGUGGUCCAGUAUGUACCGCUCUCCGGUCUCGGCCAGCCAAUCACAUCAGAACUGCGUCAGGAGACUCUAACUGCAAGUCAGAGGACUUUCACUGCCCGAGAGCUGAGGUCAGGAACUGACUACCUGGUGACUGUAAUUGCCCAGUAUCCCAACAGCGUUGGAGAGUCUGCCUCUGCCAAGCAACGGACAAGGUCCCUGCCGGGUGUUUCCAGCCUACGUCUGGUCCAGGCAGGCUUCUUUUCUCUCUCUGUGGGAUGGGAUCAGCCCUCCACUCCAGUUCAAGGAUACAGACUCACCUAUGGACCUCGAGGUCAGCCAACGGCCCAACUCCUGGAGCAGUCGCUGUCUGCUGACUCCACAUCUGUCACCUUGGAGUCUCUUCAGGCCGACACGGAGUACGUCAUCAGCCUCUACCCUUUGUUCCCCCGAAACUCUGGAUCCCCGUCUGUUCUCAACGCCCGCACAUUGCGCCUUGAGGCAGUGCAGCAGCUGUCAGUCGAAACGGAGUCGGCGGGCAGCGUUCGCGUCCGUUGGAGAGGCGUCAGUGGAGCAAGGGCCUACCGUCUGGUCUGGGGACCAUUUCCUGGUCGCAAUGUGGAGACUGUGGAGGUCGCAGGUGACAGCGAGUUUCACACUCUGUCCCAGCUGCUGCCCGAUGCGGAGUACAUAGUGACAAUCAUCCCGCUGUACGAGGGAAACACUGAGGGCCCCGGCGCAACGGCCAGAUUCAAAAUAGAGCGCCAGGAGCAGCAGGUCCUCAGAGCGGCCACGACGGGCCCGUCCACCAUCACCCUCACCUGGAGGCUCAUUCAGUCCUCUCAAGGGUAUCGCCUGGAGUGGAGGGAAGGAGAAGGAGGACCAGCUCGAACCCUGUCCUUUCCUAGAAGCACCACCAGCUAUGAACUCACAGGCCUUCAACCCAACACGGAGUAUAUAAUCACCUUGUACACCCUGUUCGAAGGCCGUGAAGAAGCCACGCCUGUCUCAACCAGCUCCAGAGAGGACCAGCCAGUUGGAACGGUGUCCAACCUUCGGGUGGUGGAGUCUCGGCUGGGCUGGACGGGGGUGGCCGGAGCCACACAGUACCGGAUCGUCAUCCAAAACACAGACGUGGGAACGGAGGAAAUUCGAACUAUCCCUGGAAACCAGACGACCCUGGACCUCAGAGACUUGUCUGUGGGAGUGUCAUAUGGCAUCAGUGUCACAGCAGUGGUGGGAGGAAAUGAAGGAGCUCCGGUCACUGUCUACAUUAAACCAGAUGCAGAGCAAACACGUGUGCUGGGGGCGGAGCUCUCUUCGUACACCAUCGAAGGCCUGCAGCCAGACGAGGCGCUGGCAAUCGGUGUGGCAGCUGUUGUUAAUGAACGUGUCGGAGAGGUGGUCACACUGUCUGCUCGCACGAAUCCCUACAGCGGAUCGCUGUCUGGACUCCGCGUCGUCGACGUCACGGCUCAGAGAAUACGCCUGGCGUGGUCAGCUGCCUCCAGGGCCACCGGGUAUAAGGUCACCUGGCGGCGUGAUGACGGAAUUGAGGACACUCGUAAUGUGGCUGCUGACGCCACGUCCUACGUCAUUGACGGGCUGCAACCGAACCGGGCGUACACCGUGCAGGUCUCCACACUGACUGGCUCUCGAGAAGGAAGUCCAGCUACACUGACCAUCAGAACAGAAUCCGAUGAGUCGGUUGUUGGAACCGUGACGUCGCUGACGGUCCAGGAAACCCGCGGAGAGGUGGUCCGGGUCUCCUGGGUUGGUGUGCAGGGAGCAACAGCCUAUCGUGUGUCUUGGAGGAGAACGGACGGCGGUCAGGAGAGGAGUCAGCUGGUGGGCGGAGAUGUAACGGGAGUGGAUCUGGACCAGCUGGACCCCGGAGCGCAGUACGAGGUGCAGGUCAUGGCUUUAGUUCAAAACAGAGAGGGAGCCCCAGUGUCUGUCAGAGUCACCACACCUGGUGAAUUUACCCCGGGUACUUCCACUCCUCUGAGUGUGAUCGAAGUUACCCAGAGUUCUGUGCGGCUUGGUUGGACUCUUCUACCAGGAGCCACAGGAUACAUUCUGCGCUGGAGAGACGAAAGAGAUACCGGUCGAGGCUUGUCCGUUACGCUGCCUGCUUCAUCCAACUCUUACCAGGUGACAGGGCUGCGCUUGGGUCGUCGAUACCGAUUCACCGUGCAGCCCACCUUUGCAAGCGGAGUGGGGACAGAGAGCUUUGUGGAUGAACGCCCCGUGUGUGUGGGAGGACGUCUGGACGUGGUGUUUGUUGUGCCUGCAUCCACUGAUCGGACUAACCUCGCAAGACCUCUGCGUGAGCUCCUGACGAGUGCAGCAGGAUCGUUCUACGCUGUGGGACCUCGCGAUUCACAGAUGGGGGUCGUAGUGUACGGUUAUAGACCCAAAAUAUGGUUCCUGCUCAACCGCCAUGCCAGAUCUGACACGCUGCUCCAAGAAAUCCAGGCCACGCCUUUUGAUGAAACCCCAGGGAAUAACGUCGGGGAGGCCGUCACUUUCACCAGGCAGUACCUCCUGAGCCCCACAGCCGGGCGCAGGCCGACGGUCCCCGGUGCCGUAGUCAUCGUUUCUGAUGGGAGAUCAACUGACAACCUGACUCUUGCAGCAAGCAACCUAAGAGCUACAGGUGUGACGGUGUUAGCAGUGGGUACGAACCAGGCCGAUACGGAGGAACUGCGCCGAGCGGUGACAGAUGGCAGCACCCAGAAUAUCCUGUUUAGCCGGGAUGCAGCACGGUUGGACGCGCUGCACACUGACCUCGCAGACUUACUCUGCGGUAUUGCCAGGAUACCAGAGACCUCUGGAGGCCCAGGUCCGUGUACUGUCCAGUGUCCUCGGGGUGAGAGGGGAGAACGUGGGGAGAAGGGCGAGAGAGGCAGAGACGGUGUGGAAGGACGCAAGGGAGAGCCUGGCCGGGACGGUUUGCCUGGCAGAGACGGCCCCAGAGGGCCUGAAGGAAGACCAGGCGUUCCAGGACAGAGCGUCCCUAUUGACCCGUCCGGAGGAGUGAAAGGAGAAAAAGGGGAACGAGGUUUCCCAGGUAUUGAUGGAAACCCAGGUUUGCCAGGACGACCAGGAGCCCCCGGAAAUGCAGGGGUCCCUGGUUCACAGGGAAUCCCCGGUGUCAGAGGAAACCCAGGUGAACCGGGAAGGACGGGGAUACAAGGGUCAAAAGGUGACAAAGGUGAACGGGGUGAGCCCGGCCCUGGCAUCAAUGGAGGAGGUCUUCCUGGGAGGAAAGGCGAGCCGGGCGUCUCAGGAAUCCCAGGAACUCCAGGACGACCAGGCAUCGACGGGCUCAAAGGAGCUCCUGGAAUUCCAGGGACACCAGGUCGGGACGGCCAACCGGGGAUACCAGGAUCUCCAGGACUUUCCAUCAAGGGAGAAAAAGGCAGCACAGGGGAGAGGGGACCACCAGGAGUUGGCAGCGGGGUGGCCGUGAAGGGCGACAAGGGCUCCUCUGGUCUUCCAGGACCUCCGGGGCCUCAGGGUCCUCGAGGGGCGGCAGGAGCGGAUGGUCGCAGAGGAGACAAGGGCGAGGCUGCUGAUGGACUGCCCGGCCCUCCAGGCAAGCAAGGAGAUCCCGGGGACAGGGGACCCCGGGGACCUCCUGGAGAAAUUGGCAGCAAGGGUGACCGAGGACAGCCUGGUGAGCCGGGAUCACAGGGAGACAGGGGGGAAAGAGGGCCGGCUGGUGAAACCGGGGAGAGGGGAGACCCGGGGAAGACCGGCCCCCCGGGAACCGCGGGGUUAAGAGGUUUGCCGGGACCCAGCGGACUGCCGGGGGAAAAGGGAAACGAAGGCGCGAGAGGAGAGCCCGGCAGAAGUGUUCCAGGUUUUCCAGGGAAGAAAGGAGAGCAGGGAGACAGAGGAGCGGCUGGUACCGAUGGGUCGAAGGGACAGAAGGGCGAGGCGGGACAGAAAGGAGAGCGGGGAGAUUCGGGCUCUGGAGGCUCAGGCGUGGUUGGACCUAAAGGAGAGCCAGGAGAACGAGGACUUUCUGGUGUGAGCGGAAAACCAGGUGCAAAGGGAGACCAGGGUGAUCCGGGAGAGAGGGGAGAGGACGGACGCCCAGGGGUUCCCGGAAAGCCCGGUCUUCCUGGGAAAGAGGGAGCUCGAGGAGAGAAGGGGGACGAAGGAACACCUGGCGAGUCUGGACUUCCAGGAAAGCCAGGAGAGCGAGGACUGAGGGGACUGGCCGGUCAGCCGGGACGAGCGGGCGAGAAAGGAGACAUGGGCGACCCCGGAGAGCACGGCCGCAACGGCAGCCCUGGACCUGCAGGACCAAGAGGAGAGACAGGAGAAGCGGGACCCCAAGGGCCUCCAGGACCGCCAGGAAAAGUGGCCGACAUCCAGGGGCAGCUCAGAGGAGAGAAAGGAGAGAGGGGCGAGGCAGGAGACCCCGGAGAGCACGGCGCCAAGGGCCAGAAAGGCGAGUCGGGAGCUUCCGGAGCCGCCGGCCUGCGAGGUCCGGAGGGACAGCGCGGGCCUGCAGGCACCAGGGGUGACGCGGGAGAAAGAGGAGCGCCCGGAGAAAAGGGCGAAAGAGGAGCUGCUGGAAUAGACGGCCGCUCUGGUCUGGAUGGUAAACCCGGUGCUGUUGGGCCACCUGGACAGAGGGGCGAUCCUGGGAAACAGGGAGAACCUGGGAGGGAUGGUUUGCCAGGACUACGAGGCGAACAGGGACCCACCGGUCCGGUCGGGCCUCCAGGCAAUGCAGGGGCGCCUGGUAAACUGGGUGAAGACGGUAAACCAGGAGCCCCUGGAAAAAUGGGCGAGGACGGAGUCCCCGGUGAAGAUGGGAGGAAGGGCGACAAAGGAGAAACCGGAGCGGCUGGAAGAGACGGCCGUGACGGGACCAAAGGGGACCGGGGGCUCGCUGGACCCGUGGGCCCCGCCGGCCCCCCAGGAACUCCUGGAGUGCCUGGAAGCAUCGGUCCUCCGGGACAGGUUGUUUAUGUCAAAGGAGUUGAAGCUCCGCCCAUUCCAGGUCCUCAGGGGCCGCCGGGGACAUCCGGCGUCCCUGGAAUCCCGGGGGUGGCGGGAUCCAGGGGGGAACGCGGUCCGCCUGGUCUCAAAGGUGACGCUGGAGACCCAGGAGAGGAUGGGGCGCCGGGUAAACCCGGGACGGCAGUGGAUGUAGCAAAGGCUCUUUCCAGCCUGGGUAUUCAGGUGUCGGAUCUGAAGGUGGUGGUGGACAGGAAGGACCUGGUGCAGCGUCCGGCGGCGCCGAGGACGGAGAAAGGAGACAAGGGGGACAGGGGGGAGGCCGGACCGCGAGGGCCGGCCGGUCUGGAUGGCGCCCGCGGUCUGCCGGGAGAGCGGGGAAGUAAAGGCGACCAAGGAGACCGGGGUCCCGCCGGAGCGACCGGCCCCCCGGGGAGAGCCAUCCUAGAGCGAGGGCCAGAGGGGCCCGCGGGGCCCGCUGGAGAACCUGGCAAGCCAGGAAUACCAGGAGUGCCAGGACGAGCUGGAGAGCUAGGCGAGGCUGGGAGACCAGGAGAGAAGGGCGAUCGAGGAGAGAAAGGCGACCGGGGACAAGCUGGUCCAGCUGGACUGACGGGCGCCGCCGGCCCCCCGGGUCAGAAGGGAGCGUCGGCCGACUCAGUGCUGGUCGGGGCGCCGGGGCCUAGAGGGGUUCCUGGAGUCGUAGGACCGAAAGGAGAGCCUGGUGUUCCAGGAGCAUCCGGGUCUAAAGGAGAUCAGGGCUUUGUGGGGCCGAAGGGCGAUAAGGGCGAGCGAGGAGAGUCUGGAGAGAAAGGACGCGACGGCUCACAGGGAUCACCAGGAGAACCUGGAAAGCCUGGUCCGGAUGGUAAACCGGGCUCCACAGGGCCCGCUGGUCUUCGAGGCCAACCAGGAAACCCAGGAGAGCCCGGCGUCCGGGGGCCGACUGGCCCUAUGGGUCCAAACGGAGCACCAGGUCCAGCUGGAGUGAAGGGAAAUCAAGGAGAAGCUGGUGUUGGUGUCCAGGGUCCUCCUGGAGCCCAGGGGAGCACAGGUCUGCCGGGACCACCAGGCCCCCCAGGAGCUGUUGGUCCGCAGGGCCCCCCAGGGCUGCCCGGGCAGGUGGGAGAAUCAGGGAAACCUGGGGUCCCUGGUAGAGAUGGGGUGCCUGGCAAAGAGGGGAUACCUGGAUUACCUGGAAAGCAGGGCAUCGCGGGGCCUCCAGGCCAGGCCGGUUUAAAGGGAGAGCAAGGAGACAGCGGCCCUCCGGGGAAGGCUGUUGCUGGCCCCCCUGGAUCCAAAGGAGAAAGGGGGCUUCCUGGCCAAACGCUGCCUGGCGUGGCUGGAGAGAGAGGUCUGCCCGGUGAAAAGGGAGACAGAGGAGACAAGGGUUCUGCAGGCUCCAAAGGAGAAAGGGGUGUGGCUGGAGAAGCAGGAGAGGCUGGAGAGGACGGACCACGAGGAUCUCCUGGACCAAAAGGAGACAAGGGCGAGAGGGGCAUCGGACUGGCAGGACCACCUGGCCGGGACGGGCCUCAAGGCUUAAAGGGCGAUCCGGGCCUGCCGGGCUCAGCUGGUUCUCCGGGACCUCAGGGAAAGACAGGCGGCCCUGGGCAGCCUGGUGUGAGAGGAGAAAAUGGAGCGCCAGGACCAGCUGGACCUCCGGGAGAGAGGGGUCUCCAGGGAUUUGCCGGCCGUGCAGGAAGUGUUGGUCCUCCUGGUCCUCCUGGACCUGCAGGAGAACCGGGCUCCGCCGGUACGAACGGAGUGAAAGGAGACAAGGGGGAAGUUGGUGUCGGUGUUCCUGGCUCCAGAGGAGAAAGAGGAGAUCCGGGGCCCAGAGGCGAGGAAGGUCGAGCUGGCGUGGACGGAGAACGAGGAGCAACAGGCCCCCCGGGGAUCCGCGGUGCUCGGGGAGAGAAGGGAGACGGCGGGCUGCAAGGUGACAAAGGAGAAAAGGGCGACACAGUGCUGGUGGGAGGACCUCCUGGAGAAAAGGGCACGAAGGGAGAAACGGGUGACAGAGGACCCAAGGGUGUCCAAGGAGAAAAGGGGGCUAAAGGUCAAGAGGGCCCGGCAGGCCUGCAGGGUCUCCAGGGGGAACCUGGAGAACGAGGAUCCACUGGAUUCCCAGGCGCCCGAGGGCCUGGCGGACAGAAGGGAGAAGCAGGGCAGCCUGGAGUACCUGGUGAAAUGGGGCUACCUGGAAAAGAUGGACUACCAGGGCAAACAGGGGUGAAGGGAGAAAUCGGCGUUGUAGGAAUGAGAGGAAUCAAGGGUGACCGAGGGCCUAAGGGCGCCUGUGGAUCAGAUGGACCCAAAGGAGAAAAGGGGGACGGCGGUGUUCAUGGACGUCCUGGCCUCCCAGGGAGAAAAGGUGAACAGGGAGACCUGGGACCUCCUGGAGCUCCUGGCAGCACUGGGAAAGAGGGACUCGUCGGUCCCAAGGGCGACCGUGGAUUUGAUGGGGUAGCUGGACCCAAAGGAGCUCAGGGAGAAAAAGGUGAAAGGGGUCCACCGGGGGUACCUGGCCCUCCAGGUCCCAGAGGAGCAGACGGGGCCCCUGGCUUGACUGGCCCACAAGGCCCAGGCGGUGCUAAAGGACCCGAGGGGCUCCAGGGACAAAAGGGAGAGAGGGGUCCGAUCGGUCCGGCCAUGGUGGGCCCUCGCGGGAUACCAGGGAUCCCAGGGGAACGAGGAGAUCAGGGAGAGAUGGGCCCAGAUGGAGCCAAAGGAGACAGGGGAGAGCCGGGCAUGACGGAGUAUGAGAUCAGAGAGUACGUGCGCACAGAGAUGAAUCAGCACUGUGCGUGUGGAGGUUCAGGCACAGACUCUCGGCCCCAGCCCGGGGUAAGGGCUCGGCCUGCACCAGAGCAACAACUGGUACUGAAGGGUGAAGAGGGGCGCGAGCUGCGGGUGGUGGUGAACACCAAUGACCCAGACUAUGAGCACAUCUACUCCAUCGAGGCCUACGAUGACCCCUUGGAGGAGCUGCUCUACUUCACUCCGUCCGCCAACCAGAGUGACGGAGAGGUUGUCAAAAAGGAAUCUGAAAAAACAGUCAGUGUCGGACCAAAUAAAUCAGCGAGUGCUGACGUUAAGAAUACAGCAACAGUUGCUGGUCAGAAAAAAGCCAAAGUUACACCUCUGAAAGCAGUCAAGCCCAAAUCAGUCAGGUCCAAGAGGACAGUCACAGGGGAAGCAGCUCAAGCAGACAUCUGCCUGCUGUCCAUGGAGGAGGGGAGCUGCGGACGAUACACUCUGCGCUGGUACUUCAACAGCCAAGUCCAAGCCUGCAGGCCCUUCAUCUACAGCGGCUGCGAAGGAAACGACAACCGCUUCCUCCACCUGGAGGAGUGUGAGGAGGCCUGCCUACAAGAGGCCAAAGGUUCUCAUCCGCUGAAGACAGCACGAUGAUAGUGGCCAACUCCUCCCCUCCCGCAGGAAUCUUAGCAUUUAUAUGGCCUUUAUAGAUCAAUAUUGUGUCAAAUGUCAGUGAUUUUAUUUGAUUUUGUUUAUUUAUUGCUUCUUCAAACCCAACAAAUGUUACUCCAAAAAAAAGGGGGGGAAAUAAGAAUGCCUCCUUGCAAAUACAGACUGUUUAGCAUUUGCACACUGAAGACCAUAUUUACUUGAGCAAGUAGAGUAGCUUAUAUGUUCAGUUCAUGUGGGACACUGGUAAGAAGACUAAUAUAUGCAUACGAACAUGGAUUGGACAGAUUUACCAACUCGCCAAGUUCAAGUUCCUGAAGCUUUAAUAUGUUCCUAUAACUUGAUGGUUAUUAAGAUCUGGUGCAUUUUGCAAUUUUCAGGUAUUAUUUUGGGCAUGUUUCCAGGGAGUCCGGAAUAUCCGAGCAUGAGUGCAAGAGAAGAGAGCAGCAGUGUGAUCCCAUGAUCCUCCAGGUGGGACAGGAGGCCAAUAACCUGCAAGUCCUUAUUACAGAAACCCAAAGUAACAAUGCUGCCGCCCUCGACUGUGUAGGGCGAGAUGUUGAGUGCUACUAAAACACCGAUGAUUCAUCAAGACUGAAAAGGAAUAAGUAGAAAAGUAAUGAGUUCAGUGUCAAUAUUCAGAGGGGAAAAAAUGUACUUCCUGUUUUUUCCUAGGGAUAAAUUGUUCAUAAAUUCAGAGUUUUGUAUUUAUGUUCAUACAUUUCUUUUUGUAGAUCAUGUCUUGAGUGCUACGUUUCAGGAAAAAGACUCGGUCCAAUACAACAGAGGAAUUUAACUUCUUAUGAAUUCUACAACUACGUCACAGAUGUUUGACACAUAAGUAAAUGAAUCAAAAACUUUUUGCUGUAUUAAAGAAAAGAAGCCUGAGGUACAAACACAAAGCGUGUAUGUUCAAGUCUUUAAAUAAAUUAUAAAUUUUAAAUUUUAUGUGACCGCCGUUGCGCUGCAUGCGCCUCAGGAAUUACAAUGACUUCCAUCCACAUUUAUUUUCUUUUUUUUUUCUUUUUUUCCAAAAUAUAAUUAAAAUUUUAUCAUGAGAUUUUUUUUUUUGCUUUAUAAAAUCAUGGCAUUGAUCAAAUGGCAAGUUUUCUCAUUGUCUUUGUGCAACAUUUCCCCCCCAAAAAAAUCUUCCAAAGCUUUUCUAUACUGAAAGAGCCAUGCAAGCAAAAAUAUGUAGAAUUAAGAAUAUGGAUAUAAUAUAAACAUUUCUAUUUAAUAUGAAGAAUCGAGCACAACAUAUCUGGCAAUAUUUUGUACAUACUGUUUUUUUGUUUUGUUAAUUUUUUAAUCAGGGGGAAGUUGAGUUACUUGUCAUGACUGCAUGUUUACCUGUCAGAGAAAAGGUGCUAUUUUUAAAGGUAUUUUUUAUACUGUCCGUUGAAGGUGUGAGUUUGCUGUUGUGUGGUACAAGAUCUGUAGUAUUAUCAAACAUUUUA